ACAUCCAACUUCAAACACGAUCCCGCAGUUGAUCAACCAACAGCUCCCCUAUUACACAACCAAUCACCAAAUCACCGGCUAAACGCGCUCCCGCUAAAAUCCAGCAUGGCUUCUGAACUUCAAUCCAUCUACAGCUACGGCGUCGAUCUGAUCAGUAUUCUCCAAUCCUCGUUUCCCGAUGGAGAAAGUUUCUUCAUGGACGUUUCCAAAGUCUUUGAUCCCAAGUACGUCUUCACCGUCUACUUUCCAGUCAUCUUCGCUCUUCAAUGGGCCAUCGGCGUCAAAUUAUUGGGCACCAUCAUCGUCGUCGAGUGGCUCAAUCAAGUCUUGAAAUGGUUGAUGCACGGUGACCGUCCUUACUGGUGGGUUCACGAGAUGGAAGUCACUUACAACUCCACGACGCUCCUGCCCGAAAUCUUUCAGUACCGAUCCACUUGCGAAACUGGCCCGGGAAUGCCAUCGGGACAUUCGAUGGCAAUGUCCGCCGCCUGGUACGUCGUCGUCCAGUCAUUCAUCGACCGUGUCAUCAAACCAUCCAAAAUGAGCGCUUCAUUGAAACAACAAUCGACGCAACUUUUAUGGGGCGCAUUCGUCGUCAUCCAGACCCUCAUCGUCAUGUCGAGGAUGUACAUUGCCGCCCACUUUCCCCACCAGUGCGCACUGGGUCUCUUUUUGGGUGUUUCAAUCGCCCAUCAAAUCUACGGCUCGUCAAAGUGGCUGAACCUUAAGCGCAGCCAAUGGCUUCUAGUCGCCUCAAUUAUUUUGGCCAGCGCCGUCGGCACCUACUCGUUCCUGUUGCUGACGGGAAGGAACCCGGCCUGGUCCAUCAGUCAAGCCUACAAAUGGUGCGCCAAACGGGAAUACAUUCACGUUGACACCACUCCAUUCUACAGCCUCACCCGCUACAGUGGAGCCGCUUUCGGUCUUGGCCUCGGCUUAACAUCAAAAUUCUUUACCCAGACAGAGAGAACGAGCUUUACCCGAGUCCAAAUAAUUGUCACCAUGAUUUUGGGUCUUGCCCUCGGCUACGGAGCUGAACUUGCUCACGUCGCUAUCCCGAAAACGAACGAGUCGGUGUUUUACACGCUCGAGUUCCUGUUGAACGUCGCCUUCCCGUACAGCGCAAUCGCAUUGGCACCUUACGCCGUGAUGAGAUCUUGGUCAGAAAAAGUGAAAUCAUUGUAAGUAGGACACAGGAAAUGAAGAGAAGCUUUGAGAAAGAAGCUUAUACCUCACACGCGCAAUAUUAGUCGGCGUGUGCAAUCGACCGCGUGAUUUGUUUAAAAUAAUUGAAUGACUGUCUUGGACAAUCAAUUACUUGUUUAGUCUGAUGCUCCCAUUUUGUACAGCCAUUCCGACAAAUUUAGGAUGAAGCUGGCUUGUGUCUUCCUAUAAUUUUGUGAAUAGUAUCUUUUAUAACAAAUUGGUUUACUGCGAGGUGAAGAAUCUUUCUUGUGUGACAGAUUGGUGAUAUUUAUAUAAGUCUGUAAUGUGUAACUGUAUAUGCGAUCAAUUUUCUUGUUGUUGAAGCGCCAAAAUAGGUCAUUUUACUAAAUUCAAAUGUAUACUAUCUUCGUAUUAUCGUAUGUUGAAUACGUGAAUUUUACAAAUAAAGAUUUUCAAAUUAA